AUGGCUGGAGAAAAAGAGGUUUCGGCCGGCUCGGAGACGCCUCUCGAACAUGAGGAGCCCAAGUGGGAGGACCACGACGGCUGGCGCGGGUGGAUCGUCGUGGCCGCCUCGGCCUCGUCUCUCUUCAUCUACAUGGGCGUCAUCUACUCCUGGGGCAUCCUGCAGUCGAGGAUUGCAGACGAAAGCGGCAUAUCGCUGACGUCGCUGACGUUUGUCGGGUCGCUGGCCACCUCCUUCAUGUGCUCCAUCUGCAUCUUCGUCGGCAAGGCGAUCCGGCGGUUCGGGUACCGCAAGACGGCCAUGCUCGGCGCUGCGCUGCUGGGGCUCGGCGAGUUUCUGUCGAGCUGGUUUCCGGGUCACCUGGGGGCAUUGUUUGUCACGCACGGCAUUCUCUUUGGCGUCGGAGGAGGAUUGACGAUCCUGCCCUGCUCGACCGCCCCCCUGAAGUGGUUCCGGAAGCGUCGCGGGCUGGCAACGGGCGUCGUGUUCGGUGGCGGUUCGCUGGGCGCGGCCGUCAUGGGCGUCGCGACAAACGAGCUCGUCCAAGAGGUCGGCGUGGGCUGGACCUUUCGGAUCCUCGGCUUCCUCUUGUGGGCGAUAUGCCUCCCCGCGGCGUGCUGCAUCCGCCAGCCGCCGUCGUCGGGCCCCUCGAUCCCCAAGCUGCAGUGGCAUCGCUGGAAAGACGCCGAGUUCCUCAUCGUCCUCGUGGGUUCGGCCAUCGCCUGCUUCCCGCUCUUCAUCCCGCCCUACUUCAUCCCCAUCUUCGCACGGGCCGUCAGCUCCUCGUCGUCCACCGGCAUCAUCGCCCUGUCCGUCUGGAACAUCGCCUCGACGGUCGGCCGCAUCUUUGCCGGGUUUGCCGCCGACUCCGUCGUCGGGCCCAUAAACAGCUUCAUCAUCUCGCUGUUCCUGUGUGGGGUGAGCGCGCUCGCCAUUUGGCCGUUUGCCUCGUCCAUUGGCGUCUUGUCGGUGUUUGCCGUCGUCAACGGCAUCGGCUGCGGUUCGUUCUUCAGCCUCUUCCCGACGUGCCUGGGCGCCGUCUUUGGGCCGGAAAACACCAUGGGCGUGCUGCCCAUCAUGUGGGCGAGCUGGUUCUUUGGUUUCUUCUUCGGCACACCCAUCGCGUCGCGGCUGUACGCGCUGGCGGCACGGCCCGAGGUGACCGAGUACCGACCGGCGGCGUACUACGCGGGGGCAACGUCAGUCGUGGGCAUCAUCUUCAUGGUCGCCCUCCGCUUCAGGCGCGAGGGCAGGGUGUGGGCACGGGUAUAG